AUGUCAGAAUUUGAAGAUUCUGCUUUGGCUUCAAAAUUUAACCAGAGAGGCUCGAAAGAAUGUAGUUCGGGAUCCAGUGUAACUAGAAGUCGAAAAUCCUUCGAAGUAAAAAAGUACCUGGGAUCUGUUGGCGCCCUACAUCUUCUGACUAUUCAGAACCAGAGAGGAGGACCUCUGCUGCACAUAGCUGUGGGAGAGCAGCGAGCUGAUGUGGUAGAGGUAUUAAUUCAUAAUGGGGAAGAUCCCAACAUCAGGGGUCUCAAAGACACAACCCCUCUCCAAGAAGCAGCGGCGAAGGGAUACACUGCUGUCGUAAAGGUCAGUGCAAUCGGUUACCAAUUACAGUACGUGUUGCUGGAGAACGGCGCAGACAUCUCGGCCGAAACUACGAUGGGAGAAACUCCGCUCCUCCUGGCGUCCCAUGCUGGCAAUCAAGACGUGGUGGAAAUGUUGCGAGCUGCAGGCGCCGAGUGGUAUUACUCGUAUGAGAGUUUGACGGACUGCGCAAUAUCAUUAUGACAUUUGGUAAAUAAAAAAUAAUGUUUUGAUGUAAUAAAGUACCAGUGUAAUAAAUGUAAAAUAAUUGUAUAAAUUUCAUUAUUUUUUCUGUGUAUAAUAGAUUUAUAUUUUGUGAUAAAAACAAAAAAAUAUUCUUUAUGAUUAAAGACAACAUACACAA